UGAAUCAAACGCGUGUGCGCGCGGAGAGAGCAGCACCUCUCUAACAGGAUCCAGCCAGGUCAGGUCACCUUUGUAUAGAGGAAAACACUGACAUCCUAUUUCUUAGAAAAUGUAAACAAAUAUAUGCCUACAUUUUUGGUAAAUUGUGGAAGUUUAGCCAAACAAAAUUUGAGCGUCUCUGCGAAAGAGAAUUGCGCAUUGUGCGCGCACCACGGGUAUUUACUUGUGCGCUAGUUUACACGCGGAUUGGGAAUGAAGGUGAUGUCUUAUUGGUUGUUGAUGCUGGAUCUCAGACAACGAGACACCGAAUUUCUUACCGGUCUGGUUUGAAACAGGAGUUCUGUUAUCUGGCGGAGGCGCACCGGUGCAUCGCAUCUAAGCCUCUUGAUGACUCCAAAAUCAGAAGUUCUUCGCAAAAGCUGAUCGUGCGUCCCAAGAUGGCAACCCAGGGUCCCAUGUGGAACAUGUCAACCUUCGACAUCUUAAAUCGGUCUGAAAUCACCAACGUCACCCUAAACACCAGUGAAAGCUUUCUCUCUGAGGAUGAAAGCACCAAAGUCAUGGCCGUGAUAUACCUCGUUGUGUUUGUCCUGGGUUUGACGGGAAACUCUUUAGCUAUAUUCGUGGUUCUGCGUAACACUAAAAUGAAGACGGUCACAAACAUGUACAUUUUAAAUUUAGCGGUAGCCGAUGAGCUGUACAUCCUGGGACUUCCGUUUCUCACAACCCACAAUGUGCUCUCCUAUUGGCCGUUCGGCAACUUUCUGUGCCGUAUCGUGAUGUGGGCAGACUCCAUCAGUCAAUUCACCAGCACAUUCUGUCUGACAGUAAUGAGCAUUGAUCGCUACAUGGCCGUGGUGCAUCCCAUCCGCAGCGCCAGGUGGAGGCGACCCAGCGUUGCCAAGGUGAUAAAUAGCAUGGUGUGGGGGCUAUCUUGUGUUCUGACGCUGCCGGUCAUUAUUUACUCUGACGUUCAGCCCGAUCUGAACACCUGCAACAUGAGCUGGCCCGAACCGCGUGACGUGUGGUCCACAGCCUUCAUCCUCUACACUGCCGUCUUGGGCUUCUUCUGCCCUUUGCUGGUCAUCUCGCUUUGUUACCUGCUCAUCGUGGUGAAGGUGAAGUCGGCCGGGGCGCGGGCUGGGCUCUCCAAACGUCGCAGAUCAGAGAGGAAGGUCACGAGGAUGGUGGUGAUCAUAGUAGUGGUGUUCGUCCUGUGCUGGUUGCCAUUUUUCAUCCUCAACAUCAUCAACCUGAUCCAGACUCUGCCGGAGAACAACCUCGUCACUGGCGUCUACUUCCUCGCCGUCAUCUUGACCUACGUCAACAGCUGUGCCAAUCCGCUUCUCUAUGGGUUCCUGUCUGAUAACUUCAAACAGAGCUUCCAGAAGGUGCUCUGCAUCAACAGGGUCAGCGGCGGGGGCGACGGUCGCCUGGGUCACUCGCACCUGAACAGGAGCCGUCAGAAUGACAGGUUCUCCUCUCAAAGAAGCUCUGAAUACAAUGAGCAAAUGCAGAGCUAUCAAACAAUUGGUUUGGAGGCCGGGCGCUGUGACAAAACGGAAAACCACCAACCCGAACCACAGGCGCUCAGCCAGUCCAUUUAAGAGCUGCAUCGUGUGUGGGAAAUCUGAGGGAUGGAUGCUUAGAACUGUCUUGUUUGGUACGAGCGUGCAUCUGGACAUUCCUCCAUAUAUGGAGUCCAACGAAGAAAGAAGUCAUUCUCAACCUCUGGACCAAGAGAGGUUGGUAGCUGUUACAGAAAACAUUUAGUUGGAUCUUUGACAAUUGGUGGUGGUUUAACAUUCCUGUUAGAUUCUCAAUGUCUCCAGAAUUCCCUGUGGAUAAAUCUGAGGAUAUAUGAGAAAAUACGCAUCACUUUAAUUUACGUGUCACAUCGGAUCCAGUUCUGCAGGAGAUGGCAGAUAAUGUUUCAUUGCAAUGACUUCAAACAUUAAUCACGAUCUAGACGUCUGGAUGGAUGGUUGCGUUCAGUUUCAAAUCCAAACAUGUGUAUCUUCAUGCGUAUUUAUCAUAGAAACAAUUCUGGGUAAGAGUCACAUGUCAACAGUCAGAUGAUUUGCCUUAUAUGUUGAGCUGUGUAUUGUUUAUGAUGUUGUAAUGUUAGGUGUUUUGAAUAGAGAUCUAGUGAAAGGGUGUCAGGGGUUUCUUUACAUAAUGCUCACAGUUCUAUGGGGAUUCAAACACAUUUCAUUAGUCCAUCCUUGUUUGAUGAGAGAUUAACAUAUCAUGACUUGUUUUUUACCUUGACUGUUUUCUAACAUGACUGUUUUUCAUGUGUUUUAGUAAAUAUGUAUAUAUUGGAGAGUAGUUAUCUAAGCGUUUUAUUUUAUGUUAUAAUUUCUGAAUGACCUCAACAUCACAACAGAUGCAAUAGGCGUCUUUGGAGUUUGAGACAGGGUCAAAACGUUGACUUUUCUGUGUUUUAACAUUAACAGUACAGACUGAUUUACAGUUUAGCCAUUUCAACUAAUUCUCAACUGUAGCUGAGGGGCAGGUGCAACUAAGAACUCCAGAAAACUUCAAAACAAGGACGUUACAAAGACGACAACACACUUGACACACCAGCAGUCUAGACAAGACCAGAAUCUGUCAGUAUUCAGAAAGUGGACUUUAGCACUGAGUUUAACAUUAACAUUUCAUAUAAAUAAUACUGGAAUCUACAGAGAAAACCGGCUCUCUGCUUCCAAGAAGACAUUUUUACCAAAAUCUAAACGCCCAUUCACAUGAGGAACAGAUAUAUUAGCAUCCACACCGACGGACAUUGUUUUCUUAUGUUUAUUCUAAAAUGAACAAAUCCAACUGUUGGCUUAAAUGAACCUAGAAUAUGUCCAUAUUUGACUCAACCAUCGGUUAAAAAAUAUCAAAGCCUUUUAUCCCUAAGGGAAAGAGACAUGAAAUUCACAUGUGCAAAAACACGUGAUCACAUGUGAAAUGUGUGUUUUUCGAACAUUUUGGGGGGAAUUCCAUGUGAACCUAUUGGGUCACAUGUAAAAACCUGUUCGACAUAAUUUUGCCAAGUGGUCGAUGUCCUCAGAGCAACAUAUUUUGUUGACCUGAUGACAUCAUUUUUAUACAUAAAACCAAAAAA